UUUUCAAGUUCACAGAUGCACUGGGACGAAAGUUUGCUUUCCCACUCGAUAUGGUACAAAGCCACGAGCAAAGAGCUUUUAGGUUCCCGCGUUCCCCAAGGGUGCUAUGACCUCCUGGUUGGAAAAGAAAACUCAAUCCUUCGACAUCGAAAGAACUUGUAGCACCUGGUUGCCAUAUUGAGAUGAAACUCUGGCCUCUCGAUGGUGCAGCAUCAAAAUGGAGAAACUGGUUCCUAAACAAAUCGACGCGUCUUCCCAUCCCCCCUGAAGAUGCAAACCAACCCAAGAAGGAAGGUGAAUUCCACGUGUUUCUCAAAUGGUACGGCUACAGAAGCCCUUAUCUGGUGAAUCCUAAAACAACCUGUCGGGAGCUCAAGAUUAUUGCUAACAAGAGGUCAUGGGUCAAUUUUCCUGACUUCAUGUACAUAUUCAACCACGAAGACCGAAAGCCUGUACCUGAUGAAGCAGUUUUGUUUGAGCGAGGUGUGAGAGAAGGGAGUGUGCUCGAGGUGUUGUAUCCAAUCUGGAGGGACAAGCCCAAAAUUGAUGAAAAUUUAAUCAUGGCUACUAUCAAGAGCCAGAUUUCACCAUGGAGGCUUGGAUAAAAUUGAUAUUCCUAAGCAUACGUACGGCAAAACAAACUAAGGACGAAAAACGGGGUUAUGUUGUAAAUUUCACCUAUAUCAACUAAAGUAUGAUUGUAACACGUGUGCUAAAGGCUGAAUGUAUCUAAUCAUGUUGAUGAGUUAAUAAAAUGGAGCCGAGUAUGGAGAACGAAUUGGUGGUUUGGGUGAUGGACUAUGGCGAUUCCCAUCUUUUUGCUUCUCAUGUCUUGUAAGU